CAGACACACGCAGUCGACUUGAACUCUUUCUACAUAUGAAUGCACCUCCCAUUACUUCGUAGAUACCCCACUACGUCGUUGGUUUUCCGCAAUCAAUCCGAUCACCGGUGGACCGAGGACUUCCAACGACGGAUUCUAUGCAGUUUGUCGUUGUCGUUCACGACGGGAUACUGUUGGCCCUGCUGCCUUCUAGAUGGAAGAAUAGCGUCCCUCUGAUUCUUCGGCAGAAGUCUGGAACGCGGAACGGAGGCGAGCACGACGUAGACACGGGACUAGCUACUACCCUUCUCAUAGCAUCUUUGGCUGGAAGCUUAAAUCAACCUGCGCAAGAACGAGGCUCCAUCGAUUAUAUUCUGUCGUCCAUCCCUGCGACAGCCCCAGCCAUCAGAGGCGCACAUCGAACGUCUAGGGAUGAACGUUACCGCAAAGUCCGCUGUCGGCGUGGACGACAGGGAGAAGCAAGCCACCCAACUUGACGAGGAUAGCAACGCACCCGGCUUAGACAAUAUCUUUGCGCGUCAUGGGCGCGUCGAUCUUGUCCCUGUUCCCUCCGAUGCUCUCGAGGAUCCUCCAACUGGCCCUCUGUCUUUCCAUGCUUUCUUGGCGAUCUUCUCCGCCGCCAUCAUCAUCCCAGCGUACGCGACAGUUGCUCAAGCACCAUCACCGCGGCGGCCACCUCCUUUGCAGGCGGAUUCUGCGAUAUGCAUAAGCCCUCCGAUGGCCAUCGGUGCAGCGACGGUGCGGGAGAUGUUCUUCCAGCACGAGUUGGGCCAGAAGAUGGGAGUUUGGACGCUUCUCGUCACGAUCGGGCCCCCGAUUGGACCUCUCAUUGGCGGCUUCAUUGUCCAAAAUAAGGGUACCCACUGGCUCUUCUUCCUCCUCGCCAUUCUCAAUCUCGCCCUCUUCUUCGGUUACAUCUUAUUCGGCUUCGAAACACUAUAUAUGCGGGUACCCCGGUCAUUAAGCUCCGAUGAAGACCAAGAACGGGUCGCUUCAGCACUUCAUGACCACGGGCAGUCAAACUCCAGGUGGUAUUCCAAAUAUGCUACCUUCCAUCGCAUUGAUUCUCGCCCCGUUCGGCCUUUCGAGUUCGUCUACCCCCUGCUCAUGGCUCGCAGACCCGUCGUCCUCCUGCCCACCAUCGCGUACACAAUCGUCUUUGCCUACGCCGGCGUCUUCAUCACCGUGCUCGUCCCGCAGUUCUUCCAGCUGAAGUUCAACCUCAACGCCUCGCAAGUCGGGCUGCAGUUCAUCUCGCUCAUCGUCGGCGCCGUCCUCGGGGAGCAGCUCGCCGGAUGGGGGAGCGACCGGCUGGUUCGCUGGCGGGCGGAAAGAGCCCGUAACCGAGGGAAUGGGGAUCGGGAGCCCGAGAUGCGGCUGCUCGCGAGCUACCCCGGAUUCGUGCUGGCAACGGCGGGCCUCGCCGUUUGGGGCGUGCAGUUGCAGAACGCGCCGCCCGGGAAGUGGAACGUGACGCCCGACGUGGGCGGCGGAAUUGCGUACUUCGGGCUGCAGCUCGUGACGACGCCGCUGUAUGCGUAUUGCCUCGAGUCUUAUCAAGCGGAUGCUGCAGCUAUCUCGUCCUUUAUGCUCGUCGCGUUUGGCUUCACGGUGCCGUUCUGCGCUGCAGACGGCGCGAUCGCUUUGGGAGACGCCAAAUUCACGGGCUUGCUCGCGGCAUUGACCGGCGCGAGUAUCAUUCCGAUCCUUGCGUCCGAGAUCUGGGGCAGGAGAUGGAGAGAUCGUGCUGACUAA